AUGCUGGAGCCGCCAAGCGUCGUUCCUGUGGAAAUAUCGCUUACUACUCAUGGUGCGCGCAUUAUAGAUGAUGAACAUAACGAUCCGAAUGGUUCCGUGCGAGAUACACACGAUAUUUAUUUGCCGAACCACGUCGAGUCGAUUUCGCACAUUGCCGUUGACAUCGGCGGCUCGCUCGCCAAGGUCGUCUACUUUGCGCACGUCCAAGGGCUUGGAUCGCCGCAAUUAAGCCCGAGUCUUGCACCGAAAAAAUCGGGUUUUGAUAAGCCGGUGCCGCACGGGACGCUGUCUUCCGCAGCGCUCCUGGAAGACCGUGCGAAUCGGCGACACGUCUCCUCGCUCGACCCACGCAGUCUGCGCCGCCGCUCGCUUCCCUCGCGCUUCCCAGGCGGUAGACUCAAUUUUAGCAAGUUUGAGACCGGAAAUAUUCAGUCGUGUAUCGAUUUCCUGAAGGACCUCAUCGAGCGGAGUGCUAAGGCGAACCAAGUAGACAUUGUCGAGAUGCGCCGACAUGUAAAACUCAUGGCCACGGGUGGCGGUGCACACUUUUUUUACGACGAUCUCGAGAAGCAGCUGGGCGUCGAGGUGCUUAAAGAGGACGAGAUGGAUUGCCUCAUCACGGGACUCAACUUUAUGACCUUUAUUCCGGAUGAGGUGUUUUGGUACUCGGACGAACUCGUGGACUAUCUGUACGAAGGCAUGCACAAUGUGCGCAACGACUCGUUUCCGCGCGCCGACUCAUCUAUACCUGGCGAAACGAGCGAGAGUCUGCCGCGGCCGAGUCCUCAGCCCCCAAUCUACAAGCCCGUGUUUGAGAGCGACCCCGCGCCGAAACUGCCGUGCUUGCUAGUGAAUAUUGGGUCGGGUGUGAGCAUACUGAAAGUCGACGAGACGGGGCACUUUGAGCGCGUGAGCGGCACGAGUUUGGGAGGCGGCACUUUGUGGGGUCUGCUUAGCCUGCUCACUGACGCGAAUAACUUUGACGAGAUGCUCGAGCUGUGCGAGCGCGGUGAUAACAGCAACGUCGACAUGCUCGUUGGCGAUAUUUACGGCCCUGUGGGCCUGAAUCAAUUAGGUCUCAAAGCAUCCACCAUUGCAUCCAGUUUUGGCAAAGUAUUUCGCUGGGACCGCAACGAAGACAAGCCAGAGCAGGGAACAGGCACUGGGCAGUCUUCGCGCCGCGCGCGACUGCGCCAGGAAGAUAUCUGCCGCAGCUUGCUGUAUGCAAUCAGCAACAAUAUCGGCCAGAUUGCACACCUCAAUGCAGAGAAAUACAAGCUGGAUCGCAUCUACUUUGGGGGCUGUUUUAUCCGCGGCCAUCAAGCCACCAUCUCCACGCUUUCUUAUGCGAUUCGCUUCUGGAGCAAGGGGCGCCGCCGUGCCUACUUUUUGCGCCACGAAGGCUACCUUGGCGCGGUCGGCGCCUGGAUUCACCAUAUUGCCAAUGAGCGCUCCAGCCAGCCGUCGGACGACUCGCAGUCGAAUAGCGACGUGUCCGAGGACGGGAACAUGCCCACUGCGAUGCACAUCAAUUCUCUGCUAGCCGAAGCGCUCGGCGGCGCUUCGUUGGACGCGCCGGCGCCCCACGCAAGAUCUGCCUCCUCUGUGGAGCGCCCCAGAUUUGCCAGCGCGCAAGAAGUGCACGACGCUGUGCCGAUGAACGCAACAAAUAUGUCGGUCAAUGCACUAUUGGAGAACUUGGCGUUGAAAGACGCCGAGGAGAUUUCCGACGAUCCAGCGUCGGUUGCAAGCAUCAUGGCGCAGUUGGAUGCAGCCAACUCGGUUGCAGACACGAUCGAGACACGCGUAAACAGCCUGCUAUCAAAGCUUGGAUCUAUAUUGCACGACAAGUAG